AACAAUAAGAAUCAUCUCUAGGAUUGUCAUAGAACUAAAGAAACAAACUGUAAAGUGCGUGGUCUGGAAUGAUGCUAUAUAAGUAGAGAUUUUAUCGGAUCUCAAUCACUUAGAUUGUCACCAUCGUACAGUACUGAUAAGCCUCAACAUGAUUAAAACAUUUCUGAUUUUACUUUGCCUCAUUGAGAGUUCCAUCAUCAACGCACUUCCAUUUAAGAAUACAAAGAAAUAUGACUUUCUUAAAAGAAAAACAAGAAGUACAAAUGGAGAUAUAGGAUGUAUGCAUAUGGCAGCUGAACCAGGAGAUUACAAGUUUUCAUCUGACGGCAGUGGUUCCGUAUGCGGUCUGUAUUUUAUAGGUCCACCAGAAGACGUCAUUGAACUACAAUUUUUAGAUUUUGAUAUAAAUUGUGAAUCAGGAUUAUUAGCUUUAGUCGAUGGUUGGGAAAUGAAUCAUGAGUAUUUUCCAAGCCCAGAAGAUCAUGAAUUACCUUUAGAAGAACGUUAUCAGGAAUUCUGUAAUAAUAGAAAGCCGUCCAAAACAAUUGUGGUUUCACAAAAUGUUGCCUUAAUACAACACCUUAUUACCGAAGCUGGACAGGGAUUUAGAGUUAGAGUUAGAUUUGUUAAAUCGCCACAACCUUGCAAUGUGGUAUCAUCAACAGAGACAGGAAUCCACACACUGAAGAACUUUGGAUCUAGACGAAACUGUUCUGUAUCCAUUAUCUAUCCAGAAACUGUCAAACUAGACUCUGUAGACGUUGGGGUCACACCUAAAGGUGCACUCAUGGAGGCAGACUUCGGAAUAACUAACAAAUGUAUGACUUCCAAUGGUGUUGAUUUUGUUGAGGUUAUGGGAGGGAACAGCUUUGAACUGAACAAAUCAAACGACAGAAAAGGAAUCGUAUGUGGGAUGAAAUCAAACACAGGACCACUGGAAACAAUCGUCGGAUGCCAGAACACUGUUAUUAGAUUAGUAUCAAGUGGAAACUUCUACAACACAGUUACCUUCUCCUACCGACCACCACACGGUGAAGAAUUUGCAAUGAGCAAUGCUGUUUGUUGAAAAAAAUGAUCAAUAUGGCACACGGAUGUUGGCGCAACUUUAUUUGUUACACAAAUCACUACUGUUAAAAUGGCAAUCAUUGUUUGGGAAUUGACUAAUGAAUUAUAUAAAACCAAAAUAUGAAAUAACAUACAACAUUUGUACAACUGUAUAUGUUUGAAAAUAAAAUAAAAUGUGAUAUCUUAACUUCCAAUAAAAAAAAAAUGUGUCACCAAUUUAAUAUUUUUGAACAUUUGUAAUGCUUGAUUUAACUAUGUAUUGAAAUUAAAAAUGAAUUGCUUCACA